AUGUCGAAAGGCUCGGCCUUCGACAUUGCACUGGCGUGGAAUGAUUUCAAUGUACGUGCUUCGACAAAAGUGCACCUGAACUUGGAUAUUAAGCUGACAAAACAUUUGCGUAUAUACAAUCUCUUGACUCCGCUUGUUGAGAAGGCUGUAUCUUUCCUAGCCAAAGUGGCAGUGCCAACAAAAGUGGAACAAUUUAUUCAAAAAGAGCUGAAUCCUCGUCUGCAAAGAGUAAAACAACUUAUAAAGUACAACGAUUUCUUUAACAUCACCGAUUUUGAUGAUAAAUGGGCAGUGCAACUGAAUGUGCAGAAGGAGCACUUGCGUGUUAUUUUGAAGCCAAAGAGGUAA